GUGUGUGUUGUGUCUGUGUGAGUGUCAAGUGCUGCAAAGUGCUCUCCGCCCCCGCGGCCCGGCCACCCCGGCCACCCCGGCCCGGAAGAAAGGAUUAUCUCGGAUUAAGGGACAGGCGGCGUUGCUGCGGGAGACACUCCGCGAUCGCGCCAUGCCGGCAACCCCGGCGGCCCCGGCAGCCGGCACCAGCCACUAGGUGAGAGCGAGUUUCGUCCGGCAGUGACGUCUUUCGCGGUUGCUGGGCAAGAUGGAGAAGAAGUGUAGCGGUCAUUUUCGGACGGCGUGUUGAUCAGCCAGCUCCAGCUCAAAAAGGAUCCACGAUGCCGUGCGUCCUGCAGCCAGGACAAGGCGUCCUGCUGCCGGCGCUCAGGCUGCUGCUCAUCGCCGCGCUGCCGACGCUGCUGCACGCCACCACCGUCGACAAAGGGCCCGACAAGCACGAAGUCAGCCGUCGGCACAUAACGAACCAGCAGGGCAACUGGCAGCAGGAGUGGUACUCCGGCACCGACGACUACCACCAGCGCCUGGGCGAGGGCGUGGGCCCGGCCGACAACAACACCGUCACCAACGUCACGGUGCAGCUGGGAGGCUCGGCCUUCCUGCACUGCCGCGUCCGCAACAUGGGCGAGCGCACCGUCAGCCCCGAGGUGACGUGGGUGCGGAGGCGGGACUGGCACAUCCUCACCACGGGCAUCUCCACCUACACCAACGACGAGCGCUUCCAGGUGCUGCACCCGGAGGGCUCCGACGACUGGACGCUGCAGAUCAAAUACGUGCAGCGCCGGGACAACGGCACCUACGAAUGCCAGGUGGCCACCGGAGCGGGUCUCAUGUCUCACUUCGUCAACUUGCAUAUCGUAGUCCCGGAAGCCUUCAUCCUGGGCAGUGGCGGCGAACACCACGUGGACAGGAACAGCCCCAUCAGCCUCAUCUGCAUCAUCGAGAAGAGCCCCACGCCGCCGCAGUACGUGUUCUGGUACCACAACGACAAGAUGAUCAACUACGACACGCAGCGCGGCGGCAUCACCGUCGAGACGGAGCCCGGCGCGCGCACGCAGAGCCGCCUCACGAUCCGGGACGCGUCCGACGCCGACUCGGGGAACUACACGUGCUCCGCGUCCAACACCGAGGCCGCCUCCAUCUUCGUGUUCGUGUCCGAAGGGGACAAGAUCGCCGCCAUAUCGCGCAGGAAGACCUCAUCGGCGGACAGCUCCCAGGCGUCGCGGGCCGCGCUCUUCGCGGCGCUGCUGCUGCCCGUGGGCCUCCUGGUGCGCAGAUAAGGGGCCGGUCCUGCGGGGCCAGCGCCAGGGCCAGCAUCGAGGAGGCCAGCAUCGAGGAGGCCAGCAACGGGGAGGCCAACGCCACGGCCACCACCGGGGUGUCUACAAGGCCUCCAGCGCUGCGGCCAGCAAGGCCUCGGCGUCAGCGAGGUCUCCGUGUCAGCACGGCCUCUGACCCGACGCCGACCUCUUCCGAGUGCACCGCCCGGUGUUGGCCCUCAGCGUGCGAGGCGCGCGAGGCCGGUGGAACUGCGAUUUACUGUGAUGACCAUGUGACACGGACACGUGAUGAACGAAAUGUGAUUUGGCCUGGCUGCGUUUCAAGGUGGUCGUGUUUUACCCUUUUUUUUAUUUCUUGGAUUUUUUGAUUUGUUCGGUGUGCUGUGAUGAGGCAUGAGGCCUCUUGAGGCAUUUGCCUUGGAUUGGCAGCGUGCGAUUAGAACAGCUGGAACAUGUGUGAGAGUGUGUGUGCGUUUGUGUGCUUGUGUGUGUGACUGAAAAAGAGAGUGUGAGAAGGAGAGAUAGAAAGAGAGCCAGUGAGUGAACGGAGUGAGAAAGAGUCCUGUGACGAGCAGGGCAUGUAAAUAUAAUAGUUAAUGUCUUUUCUCGCGGUUUUCUCGUGUAAGCUGUUGGUGAGAUUGUUGUACAAAAAGGGGCAUUCAAACAGCUGUAUGUUUACGUAAUUUAAACGGUUUAUAUAUCGUUCCUCAUCAUUCUUUUUGUAUUAAAUUUCUGUAAAAUGAUUGUAAAAUGAUUACGGGGCGGACUAUCAUAGAACAAAGUGAUGUGGGGAUGCGUUUUAUUCCCACACUGCUUCUUUUCGUUUAGUCUUUGCUUUCCACGCAUUCUCGCUCAUUCCUUUAGUAAUUCGGGUCGGGGGAGCUGUGAGUGUGGGCGAAAGAAAACUGCUGGCAGGACUCACAGGGAAACUGUUCUUCCUGUAUCAUAGGUCAAGUAUUGCAUCCGUCUGUGGAACGCUGCUGCUGGCUCACUCUGAACCUCCCUCUCCCACGUGCCCUAACAUGCCCACAACCCUCGCCCUGAAAAGCGGGCGUAGUAUUUAUGGACGGACCCUGAGGUUGCGUUCCGUGUAGCGCAGAAUUAACGCUUUAAGCUCUACUUUUCUCUCGGUGGAGUUUUUUUCUUGUUUGUUAAGGUGGUAUACGGGAGGCCUCACUUACGUGAAGCCACGAAAGGCACAAGGGACAAGAAGGGAAUUAUUUUGAUACGUAAUAAAUUUGGUCGGUCAAUGCAGUACCUUUCAGGGCGAUGUGUACAGCAAAGCAAAACCUGUAUGGAAACGCCCCCUUCACUGUUGAAUUUGCUUAUUAUUAUUUAUUAUUAUUGGAAUGUUUAUGGCUUUAGUCAACUAUUACGUUAAAUUUGUUUUAAAUUUUAUUUGAAAUUAGGGUGGUGAGUUCCGUUUAUAGCGUUUGGGGCACUGCCCCGGCCCGAGCCCUUGCAGAGCUACCAACAUGAACACCCGAUUCUUCAUUGACCUUUUCGACCCAACAUCACAGUGGGUGUGAAGUGAAUGGGGAGUGCAUCCCUCCCCUCGUGGCACUAAAGCUGUACGGCAGGUGUGCCAACAUUCUGAAGGUUGAGGUUUACCAGUUCCAAAUCCAAUUAACGAUUCGAAGUUGAGACCUGCACUCUUUCUCAGUACGUUGCGCGGCUGUCAUAUCACAAAUCUCGUCGUGCAACGAACACUGACAAUUUAAUGAAUUCAUUCCAGACACAUUGUUUCGAAUCUGGGAAGGCAGGGCCAUGCUGUUCUCAUAACUGACCCGGACGUGUUAAACCUGACGAGUUGUUUGGAACAUGAAAUGGAUCCUGAAAGAAGUUUUUCCGAAACUUAUGGUGCUGAGAAGAACUCCGGUGCUGUAGGGAUCUCGGAAAUGACACCGUGAUUCUGCCUUCAGGAGUAGACCUGCACACCCACGAUCUUUCCUUAUAUAAUGGCGGAUGGCGGAGAACUUCAGAAUGAUUGUAAAGAAGGCGUCGAGAAAAAAUAGUUGAAGAAGUCUAUGGAUCUGAUAAGGCUGUCGCUCAGUUAAAAGUUCGUAACAAGGGUUAUUUAAUGAAAAUGUAACAAUUAUUUUCUAUUGUCGGAAUGAAAGCGUGCUGUGUGUAAAUAGCUAGAUGUUUGUGACUGUGUGCGUGUGGGUGGAUGGGUGGGUGGGUGUCUGAAUGAAAAUUCUGGGUUUUUAUCAUUUUUAUUUUGAGUUUAUGCUUAAGAUAUCUUAUGGGCACUACUACUGAUCAGUCUUUAUCAAGCUAAUUUUUCAGCGACUCGCUUCUAAUGAUAGUCAAGAAGAUCAGAAACAAUUUAAAAACACCUGUGACUUUUUCAACAUCCAUUGAAUGUAAAUUGAAAAUCAUAUACCGUGACAGCUUGUCAAAAUGUUGGUAACACUAACAAAUUAGAAAGGAAAUAAAUUUUCACCACUAUAAAUAUGCCACUUAAAAGAGAAAGUAAGAAAUCAAAACAUAACUUUAAGUUUAGGACCAUCGAAGAUUAUUGGAUCUGUCCAGCUCUGCAAUGUUAUCUUAAUAUUAGCACAUUACGAACAGUUUUAUGUACAAAAAUGCAAAUGUUCAAAUACAGUUGUACCACAAA